AUGGCGAAUCCUAGAAAAUUUAGUGAAAAAAUUGCCCUCCACAAUCAAAAGCAGGCUGAGGAAACAGCAGCUUUUGAAAAAAUUAUGCGUGAAGUUUCCGACGCAACCAAUAAGGUUAACUCUAGUAGUCGGCGAGCCAAAGUCAAAGCUCCCCCUGAACCAGAAGUUGUUGAAUCCUUAGUACCAACACAACAGGGAUUGGGAACAUUCCGGAGUGGCUCUCUUCCUAAUGUUGCAGCACAGCCACCAACAAAGCCAGAAGCUAUUAAGCCCGAAGAAGUAACAUUAGCAACUCAGUAUGGUCACGGUGGUAGGAGCGGAGGGACUUCCCCUACACCAAGGAGUCCAGGGCAAAGGGGUCGAGCAUCUAGUUCAGUAGGACCGAUGAGGCGGCCUGCAGAUAGAAAGCAUGAUACCAGUCCAUAUGGAAGCACAGUGUAUUUGAGUCCACCGCCGGACAGCAAUUGGAGGAGAACAAACUCAGACUCAGCGUUGCACCAGUCGUGUGGUGAGCAGCAGGCGACGGCCCCACCACUCUCACCGCACCACCCCCUGCAUUCCCACGCCCACCCACACUUGCACCCCCACCAAAAUCAUCGACGAGCUGGCAACAUUCAUCUCGAUGUUCUAGCCACCCUGGGAAUGAAUCCAACCAACCGUCCGCGAUCUUCGUGUGAAAUACCAAGAAUACCUAACAAUAACAAUGUAUACGAGAGUGGAGGGGACGGGGGAGGAGGGGGAGGGGGAGGUCCAGGUGGAGGUCACGGGGGCAACGCGGGAGGCGCGGGGGGUCUCAGCUGCGACUUCCAAGUACCAGGAGGUUCCCUACCGGACCUCACGUCGGUGCACUUCCCGCCGCCCCACUACCUGCCGCAUCGGACCUCGCCGGACUACCAGCCGAGAUACUCGCCGACGUCGCCGGGCGGCGGCAGCGCGUCGCCGGCCACGGGCGGCCUGUCGCCGGCGUCGGGCUCGCCCGUCGGCGCCACCGUGCCGGCGCCGCUCGCCGCCAUGCACCACGACCACGCGCUCUACGACACGCAGAAUCACUUAUCUGUACCAAACACAAAUAAUUAUCUCCAUCAUAAUAAGAACAUGUCCCCAUUAGACCAUAGCUGGAUGACGUCGAAUUACCAGUCGCACUGUAGUCCGCCCUCCCAAUAUUCGUCCACGUCAAAUAUAAACAUACCUUCACCCACAAUGGUACACAGUCCCGGCAGUCCCGUGGAAUCUCCGCAGAAUACGGACUACCUACACCAAGCACUCUUACAACCGUUCGAGCAAAUCACAAUGCUGGACGCUCCUACUUCGACCUACAACACAACGUACAUCAACCACAGUUCACCGCACUCACAGCAAACGACAAACUCAACGCACACGUACUCUCAGUCGUCACACGGCGGUCAUACCGGCCACGCGCACAGCGGACACGGUCACGGUCACGGCGGUCACGGCCACAUGUCGCCGGCGCCGGAGCCGCGGCGCGCGCGCGACCCGGUGGCGGGCGGCGGCGCCUUCCCCGCGCUGCAGCCGCUGGCGUCACCGCAGCAGCCGCCCACGCCCGCCACGCCGGCAUCCAUACCAGAUAUCAUAUUGACAGAUUAUUCAGGGGAACUGGACCCGGGCAUAUUCGGCGGCGAGGAGGCGCAACUGCGCGCCGGCCUCGACCUCGACGACCUCACGCUCCUCGAGGAGCCCAGCGCGCUGCUGCCCGACUCCGCCGUCGAGCACGAGUUUCGCCUCGACCGCCUCGAUCGCCUCGACCGCCUCGACCAUCUCGACCGCCUCGACCACCUCGACCGCCUCGACCGCCUCGACCACUUG